AUGGAAUGGGAAAGAAUUACGUUACUAAUGAUAGUAUCAGCAGCGGGAUACUUCUCCGUUGGUGGAUUGGCUUUUGCGUAUCUUUAUACACUAAAAAGCCCUAUAACUAGAAUCAUAUCAAUGAGUGUAGACAUAUCAAAAGUACAAGAUGAUGAAGUUGGGGAUGGAACCACCUCUGUUGCUGUUUUGGCUGGUGAACUUUUAAGGGAGGCAGAAAAGCUGGUUGCCACCAAGAUUCAUCCAAUGACAAUAAUAUCAGGUUUCCGAAUGGCAGCAGAGUGUGCUCGGAAUGCUUUGUUAGAGAAGGUUGUGGACAACAAAGCUGAUUCUGGUAUUGUUUCUCCCACUUUUUUGUCUUUCAGGGGAAGCACUAAUUUAGAAUCUAUCCAGAUUAUUAAAAAACCCGGAGGCUCAUUGAAGGAUUUAUUCUUAGAUGAAGGAUUCAUUCUUGACAAGAAAAUCGGUAUUGGACAACCCAAUCGGAUUGAGAAUGCAAAGAUACCGGUGGCCAACACUGCCAUGGAUACAGACAAAGUGAAGAUAUACGGUGCACGUAUUCGUGUUGAUUCAUUCUAUCACACUGAAUUUAUGCCUUUAUGUAGUGCUGGUCAAAUGUUAUAUUUCAGUCAGUGCAUUGUUAGGUGGACACGCUUAGGAGCAUUUUCUUUGUAUGAAUAG